AGUCAUUGUCCAUCUUGAUCUACUCUGCAGAGGAUUUGAUGUCCAACCAACCAUACACCAUGGAGAUGUCCAACCAACCAUACACCAUGGAGAUGUCCUACUAUGAAUAUGAAUAUAAUGUCAGUGACUACCUAGAUUAUGAUGGUUUUUGUGUUUUUCACAACAACCCGAAUGUGGUGAAGGUGAUCGGCGCGUACAUCCACUCCAUCUUCUGCAUCCUGGGCCUCGUGGGGAACAGCAUGGUCAUUGUCACCUACGCCUUCUACAAGAGGAUCAAGUGCAUGACUGACAUCUACCUGAUCAACGUGGCCAUCGCCGACCUGCUGUUUGUGCUGGCGCUACCAUUCAUUGUCUACAACGAGCUGUGGUCGUGGCCGAUGGGGCAGGUGGCCUGCAAGCUGCUGCGCGGCUCCUACAGCGUGAACCUGUACAGCGGCAUGCUGCUGUUCGCCUGCAUCAGCACCGACCGCUACAUCGCCAUCGCCCAGGCUCGGCGCAGGCGCUGGCUGUCAUACAGGUCCAUCAUCUGCGCCAUCAUCUGGAUCUUCGCUAUACUCGUGUCCAUCCCCACCUUCUACUUCUAUCAGUGGUACGAGCCGUCACACAUGAAUCACAUCAUAUUCGACGAUGAUAACCAAACUGGUUUCCAGAGGACUCCUGCGUACGUCUGUGAGCUCAAGUUUGAAGGCCCAGCCAUGGCGGUGAGGGUGGCCGUCCCCAUCACUCAGAUCAGCGUGGGUUUCUUCCUGCCACUCUUCAUCACGAUCUUCUGCUUCAGUGGCAUCAUCAUCACCCUGCUUAAGACCAAGAAUCUCCAGCACCACAGAGAGGUGUGGGAGAUGCUGGUGGUUGUGGCCGUGUUCAUCAUCUGCCACCUGCCCUACAACAUAGUGCUGCUGUACAACACGGUCACCGUGUUUCAGGAGUACUCGUGUGAUGAGGCGGACAUGCUGGAGAUGGCCCUGACAGUGUCGCAGACCAUUGCUUACUUGCACUGCUGCCUGAACCCGAUGCUGUACGCCUUGGUGGGGCUGAACUUCAGGAACCAUUUCAGGAGGAUCUUCAGGGACCUUUGGUGUCUCGGAAAGGCCCCACGCCGCUUCUCCAGAGUCACCUCCGACUUCUACAUGUCCUCCACUCUGCGCUCGAUGGACGGGUCCAGCAACAGUGGCGCUUCUUUCACUAUGUGAAGACAUCCGUGGGUUGAUCUCUGAAGAUCCAGGUCUCUAACACCGAACGCGAUUCACGCGAUUCACGCGAUUCACUAACAGAAGAAAUAAAAGACAGUCAAAACAUAAAACAGUUUAAAGUAAAAUAUAAAAACCUAAUUUUAAA